CCAUGAAGACUGGCUAGGACGCAGCAGUAGAGCAUGUUGGCGGACCCUGUCCCUGCUGACCUGACGGCUGCCCUGCUGAACAAGAGCCAGCGUCCCUUAGAUGGUGGCACUGCUGCUCCCAGCCUCAGUUCCCUCUCCAGCCCUAAACUGCCUGAAUCUCUCCAAACCUUCAGGCAGGAUCCUUUUACUGUGUUUGUUGAUCUCGCCCGACACCAGCCAUGGCCACAGGGUGUUAUCCAGGGAUCUCUUCCUCGUCUCAGUGGUCCAUCCUUCCUCCCGCAGUCCCAGGAGCCCUGGCUUCAGCAAGUGUCACUCCAGCCCAGGCUUCACCGGCCCCCUCCCUUCCGCGCUCGUGAACUCUGUCAUCUGCUAACUAUCAACUGGCUUGCAGCCAGCACUGCCAGCUCCUGCAGCUCACACACACCACCACCACAGCCUAAACCAUGAUAGCACCAGCCCACAGAAGGUGUGCUCCAGCCAAGGCCUCACAGCCUGUCUGCUGGAUGACUGUGUGGGGGCUCCUGUUUCUGCUCUGGCCUGUGGCCACAGCCACGGAGGCCUGCCCCAGGCCCUGCACCUGCCAGGCCUUGGAAACCAUGGGGUUAAAGGUGAACUGCGAAGGGCGGGGCCUCACAGCCCUGCCUGAGCUGCCAGCCCACACCCGCCAGCUCCUACUGGCCAACAACAGCCUCCGGUCAGUGCCACCAGGUGCCUUCGACCACAUGCCUCAGCUGUGGAACCUCAGCGUGACACACAACCCUUGGCACUGUGACUGCAGCCUCACCUACCUGCGCCUCUGGCUGGAGGACCGCAUGCCCGAGGCCCUGCUACGAGUGUACUGCGCCAGCCCGGACUUGGCCACCAGGCGCCCACUGGGCCAACUGACAGGCUAUGAGCUGGGCAGCUGUGGCUGGAAGCUGCCACCAUCCUGGGCCUACUCGGGCAUGUUGUGGGAUGUGGCACUAGUAGCUGUGGCCGUGCUAGGCCUGGGUCUGCUGGCUGCCCUGCUGAACACAUUCACAGAGUCCCUGACUGAGCCUAGCCCCUAAACCAGGCCAGGGGCCAGACCUGCAUCCACAGAAGCACCAGCAUCAGGCAGCACACGCCAUCAAAGGAGGGUAGGUCAUUCAGUGGGCAGUGACACUUACUGCCCAGCCUGAAGACCUGAUCCCCAGGACCCCCAUCAUAGGAGUGAACUGAAUCUCACCUCCACACCCAGACCAUAAAAGUGCAGCAAGUAAAAUAAAUGUAAUUUUAAAAGACAGCAAUAAACCACUGCAUGGCC